AAGCCAGAAGAUUAGCUCCACGCCAAUUGGUCCUCCUCCGCCGGCAAAAUUACUGAAUUACCCUCUCGAUUCAAUUUAAUUCCACACUCACAGUCUCUCGACUGAACGCAGAGCGCCACAAUUUUUCAUCUGACGGCAGCGUCGUCUCCAAGCAGAGCUUCAGAUUUAUAUGGGUGAGGCUCCCAUUCCCCACCAUACUCUCGCUUCGCAAUUUUCUGAUCUCACUGCCGAGUUCUAGAACGAGAGAAGGUCGCUUCGAGCUGCGAAAUGGAGAAGGCUCUGACGAAAGUGGGCAGCAUUAAGGUCGGGAGCUUGUGGAUUUCGAAGAAAGCCAAGGAGGAAUUCGCAAACAUUACUGACGAUAUCCAUACCUUUUCAAACACCGUUGAAGAAAAGGCUAAGUGGAUUUUCAACAAGCUGAAAGGUAAGCCAUUAAAGAGCUUGCCAGAUUUGCUUCGCGAGUACAACUUACCACCUGGCCUCUUUCCUCAGAACACAAUCUGCUAUGAAUUCGACGAAUCCAAAUCGAAGCUGAUUGUACACUUGCCAUCCGCUUGCGAGAUAAGCUUCACGGAUUCCUCCAUAGUCAGAUACGCGACCCGGGUGAAAGGAACUCUUCAUAGAGGGAAGCUUACAAGCAUUGAAGGAAUGAAGACGAAGGUCCUAGUGUGGGUGAAAGUGACAAGCGUGGUGGUUGAGGGCUACAAGUCUGAUAAGGUCUGGUUCACAGCAGGAGUGAAGAAGUCGAGAUCGAAAGAUGCGUACGAAAAGCCCCGUGACGCCGUUAGAGUAGAAGAAUUCUGAUAUUCAAAAGUACGACACACAUUGUUGGUAUCAUUAAGGAAGCAGGGAUAUGAAUCCUGUGGUUACAUAUGCUGCAUUUUGCAAAUAUAGAAGCCUCAAUCUUGUCCCUUUUAUAGAUAUUUAUUUCACGAGCUUUGUGCUCAUAUGAUUCUCUGUUCUCUCUUUAUAGUCAAAUGUCAAGUUCUCUCAUAAAGGAGUGACAGAACCAGAUAAACCAUAAACCAACUUGUCUAGGACUGGACCUUUCUGGAAGUGAGAACAUGAAAAUAGCAGAGUAGAUAGACUUUGAAGGGACUUUCUUCCUCUCAUUCUUUAUGCAUUUAGUGACUAUUCUUGUGUUCA